AUGAGGUAUAUAGUUAACAGACUCCGUCUGAGUGUUAAAUCAGCCAAUUCGACACUUGGUGUUCAGUUCGUGCCGAUUGCUCACGCGCAACACUUCCGCUCCUCGACACGCGGGUGCAAUUCCCAUGAACAAAGGAGAACUUACGCGCAAGAUCCACGACUGGAGAGCUUAGGGAAGGUAAUCAAGGAUGAAUAUGCAGUGGUUCGAGACAGCUACGAUACACCUAAGCACCCCAUCGUCCUCGCGCAUGGCUUGCUUGGAUUCGACGAGUUGCGACUAGCUGGUCCCUAUUUCCCGGGGGUCCAGUACUGGCGAGGGAUCAAGGAAGCGCUGUCUAUGAAAGGCGUCCAGGUCAUUACGGCGACGGUGCCGCCGUCGGGGUCUAUUGAGAUGCGCGCGGAGGAGUUAGCGAGAGAUAUCGCUGUCGGGGCGGAGGGUCAGGAUGUUAAUAUUAUUGCGUAUGUUGUCCUCGUUCUCUCGCGUUCGUUUAGCUGA